AUGCACAGCCCUUCAGUUACAAAAUCAUUAUUCUUCCUUUUAAUUUCCAUUUCAGAAACUCCGGCUGGGCUCAUUGCUGAGAACCUUCACAAAGCCAAAGAAAUAGCCCUCAAUGACCCUCAUGUACCUGAACAGCUCAGGAAUUACUUACAGAAAGCUCUUGAUGUUGCUCUUGGACUAGACCCUUACCUGGAUGCAAUGGCAGCUUCCAAGAGGAUGUUUGUCCAUAUGAUCAGAGCCAGGAAGAUUUUAAUAAUUGGCAAGCUUAAAGGUUACAGUAUCCUUGCUAUUGCAGAGGAAUUGCCAGACAAUGGCAAAAUCUUUGCCUGUGCAGAAGAGCCGUAUCUUGGAGUGAACAGCCAGGAGGCAUUUGAUUAUUCCUCAGAUGGCAAAAAGAUUAGCCUGCGAGUGGGACCAGUGGCAGACACCUUGGAGGCAUUACAUGCUGAGGACGAGCACUUUGAUAUAGUCUUUAUUGAUGCUGAUCAAAGGAAUGCUGUUCAGUACUACAGCUUUGUCAUGGAUAGCCUCUUGCUGAGCAUGGAUGCAGUGAUCUGUGUAGAGAAUACACUCAUGAAAGGACAAGUCUACCUGGAGAAUGUAACAGAUGAAAAUGUACUAGCUGUCAGAAAAUUAAAUGCAGUGAUUAAUUCAGAUCCUCGUGUUGAGCAGGUGAUUUUGCCUGUGCAGAGUGGACUGAGCCUCAUCCGAAGGAGCUCUCUCUGCCCCUCACUGUGCAGGGUGUUUGUGUUCUUGUUGCAGACACAAGUGGUGAAGGAUGAGGUUUUCUGGGGCUGCAACCGGCGCCGCAUCCUGGAGCGUCUGCGCUUGGACGGCAGGAUCGCCUAUGUCACAGGAGGAGGGCAGGGAAUUGGCAGGGCCUUUGCCCAUGCCCUGGGGGAAGCUGGAGCUAAAGUGGCUGUGGUGGAUCUGGUCCUUGCCAAGGCAGAAGCGGUGGCAUGUGAGCUCAGCCUCAAAGGCAUUAAAAGCCUUGCCCUGGCAGCAGAUGUAAGCAAGCCUGAGGAUGUGCAAAGGAUGGUGGAUGCAAUUGUGGCUCGCUGGGGCACUGUCCACAUUGCAUGCAACAAUGCAGGAAUCAAUCUGAACUCUGCAAGUGAAGAGACUUCCCUGGAGGAAUGGGACAAAACUUUUAAUGUUAAUUUACGAGGAUUAUUUUUGUGCUGCCAAGCUGCAGGCCGCAUUAUGCUGAAUCAAGGAUAUGGGAAGAUAAUUAACACAGCAUCUAUGGCAAGUUUAAUAGUCCCUCACCCACAGAAGCAGUUGGCGUACAACGCCUCCAAAGCCGGGGUCGUAAAAUUAACACAGACAUUGGGAACCGAGUGGAUUGACAGAGGAGUAAAAGUCAACUGCAUUUCCCCGGGCAUCGUCGACACGCCGCUGAUCCGCUCGCAGGAGCUGCGGCCGCUGGUGCGGCGCUGGCUGGCUGACAUUCCUGCUGGAAGGCUGGCCCAGCCCACGGACCUGCAGGCUGCUGUGGUCUACCUGGCCUCCGAAGCCUCUGACUACAUGACAGGCCACAACCUGGUCAUUGAGGGUGGCCAGAGCCUGUGGUGA